AUGCAGAGUGCAAAUGAAUUAUAUAAUAUUAUAAACAGCUACAUCAGUUCACUGGGAAAAAUCCAAGAAUCAAGAGAGGAAAAAAAUCCAAAAGACGAUUUUUCAUGGAAUACGGAGAGAAGUAACAAUGUACCAAAAUAUUCCGGUAUUGAUUAUGGUAAUUCAUGGAUGCAUUCUCAAGCAUAUGAAGAUUUGUCAUCACAAUCUCUUCAUGGACAUCGACGAUCAAGUAUUCUAGUAGGAAAGCGUUCCAUGCAACUUCUUGAAGAAUUCGGAGAGAAAGAGCCAAAAUUUGUUAAGUUUAUAAUUAAGAUAUACAACAAGUGGGGUUUCUGGAUUACUCGUUUUGCUUGGCCUGCUAUGAUCUCCUGUAUACUGAUUUCACUACUAGCACUCAUCAAGAUAUCUUAUACACCACAACGUAAUGAUCUAGAAGGUUACUCACCAUUCGAAGCACGUUCACGCAUUGAAUACGACAAGUAUUUAAACUUCUUCUCGGGACGUGGCUUAGCAAUAUCCACGUAUCUGUAUAUCACCGCCAAAGACGGUAAUUCUAUGCUUCGACAAAGUCAUCUCAACGAUACCAUAAAGGUGCUACAUUUAGCUGCUAACAAUAUCACACUGUACGAUCCAAUUACUCGUAACAAUCAAUCCUUCAAUCAAUUCUGCAGAGAGUUUUGCAAUAUAAACGAACCCGUAUUACAGUUUUAUAAUGCAUAUAUGGUACAGAAAUGGAAUGUUGACAACGGUGAUCGUCCAAAUCCAUAUCUACGACUUCGUUAUCCUAUUAGUACCUUGUUUGGCCGUGAAAUAAGUAUUCAGCCCUACUUUUUUGGUGUAGAACUAUACAACGGAAAUGAAACAAAAGAGGAUAUCGAUGAAGAAAGGGAAGGAGUGCAUCAACUUUUUGGAAAUGAUACAAAUAUUGAUCUAUUAGUAGCCUGGAAUGAAACACAUCCAGCAGUAACAAAUAUGAAAUCAGUUAAGAUGAUUUCACUUCAACUUCGUGCCCUGCAGAAUCCUCAAUGGAGUAAAGAUGAUAUGAAACAAUGGGAAAUGAAUGUCGUCCAUUUCUUCGAGAAUUAUCAAUCAGAACAUUUGACAAUUUAUGUCGCUUCCACCACUUAUAUUGAAGAAGAAAUGGUUCGUGCCGGAAUAUCACUACUACCGUAUCUAACUGCAGGCUUUAUUAUCAUGUGUACCUGCUCUGUAAUUACAGUAAUGGUUCGAGCUGCUUAUAUGCAUCAAAAUAAUGUAUUCAAGGUUUUUCUGGCGGUAAUGGCUUGCGCCACACCAUUACUAGCAUGUUCUACAGCGUUAGCAAUACUCUUUUUGUGUGGUAUGAGAUUCUCCUCAAUACUUUGCGUCAUACCUUUUCUGGUCCUAUCUAUUGGUAUUGAUAGUUCGUACUUAAUGAUCCAUGAAUGGCAGCGAGUAACAAAGGAGAUACGGGAUGGUGAGAAAAAGAGUGGAACUGUUGGACAUCGAAUGUCUGAGGUACUCAGUGAAGUUGGCCCCGCUAUAUUAAUCUCCGCAAUAACUAAUAUAUUGGCUGAUGCUGUUGGUUGUUUUACAUCUUCUCCUGAAAUUCGUCUACUAUGCAUUGGAAAUUUAUUCUCCAUGUUUAUGGCGUAUUUGUAUCAGAUGUUAUUUUAUUCCGGUCUGAUGUCCGUUGUUGGAAAAUUCGAGAUUGCAGCAGAGAAAAAUGAAGAUAAUAUCACAAAUAUUACAAUACAGAAAACUCAAGUGAAUAUCAGAAAAUAUAGCGAGAUUACUCGUAAAAAUUCGAGAUUUCAUGAUAAAUCAAAGCUGUACAUCAGUAAAUACAUGCGAGUAUAUGUGAAUAUCAUUGCUCAUGCUUCGAUAGCUACUCUAAUCAUUAUUCUAUAUAUUACUUACAUUAUCAUAUCAGUAUGGGGGAUAACACGGAUGAAUAUCAGUUUAACGCCUCAGAAACUAUUUGCAGCAGAUUCACCACUGAUAAAGCUCGAUAAGUUACGCGUAAAAUAUCAGAUACCGUUCUUUACGAUGGCAUCGGUAUUUGUGGAGACACCAGGAGAUUUGUCUCAGAAACUGCCCCUUCUUCUGAUGAAUAAUAUGGUUCAGGAUUUUGAGAACCUUGACGGUAGCUGGGGACCUACUGGUACCAUGUAUUUCGUGCGCGAUUUUGCUUUAUUCCAGAGUUUUUGCAAUCAGAACAUGAUUAUGAUUUUGACUCUUUGGAUGAUGUUAGCACCACAACAAUAA